UGUUUCCUCUGUUCAUACUGUAUGAAGCUUCCUGAGAGACUACAUGAUAAAUGAUGACAUUUCUGCUGUAGCACACGAUCACCGUCUCUAGAAAUGAUUAGCUCGAGUUUGAGAUAUUUAUUCAUGGGGUUAAAGGGUAAAGUGAAAGUGUGUCAACCUGAGUGUUUGAAGAGACAUCUGAGCUGAGUUUCUGUUUAAAUGUGUCUAAGUGGCCCUACAUCUCGAAUAGAAGAGGAAAUAUUAUUGCCAGUUGAUCAGCUUUUGGUUAAUUCGAAACAGGUGUCAUCUGUAUUUGAGAUUGUUGAUCAUGGAGAGUCUACAGGAGAUGAUCAUGAGAGUCUCACAGGAGUUGAGCUGCCGUCCCACAUCACGAAGUGUUGCAGAACAUCUGGACCAACAUGAUGAUCUGAGCCACCUGCGACAGGAGUUCAUCAUCCCCAAAAUAUCUGACCUACCUCCGUCGGAUUUGUCUCUUGUGGAUGGCUCUGAAGAUUGUGUUUAUUUUGUGGGGAAUUCACUCGGUCUGCAGCCAAAAAGCGCUAAGAAAUAUAUCGAUGAGGAGUUGGAGAAAUGGGCCAAAAUGGGCAUUCAUGGUCACACAGAGGGGUCACGACCUUGGGCCUGGGCAGAAGAAAACCUGGAGGAGCAGAUGGCAAAUGUCGUAGGUGCUAAACCUGAGGAAGUGGCUCUGAUGAAUGGCUUGACAGUCAAUUUGCAUCUUCUGAUGCUUUCCUUCUACAAACCGACUCCAAAACGGCACAAAAUUCUUCUUGAGGACAAGGCCUUCCCGUCAGACCACUAUGUUGCUGAAUCUCAGAUCCGCCUGAGAGGAUUGAAUCCGGCCGACAGCAUGCUGCUCAUUAAACCCAGACAGGGAGAAGAUACUAUCAGAACGGAGGAUAUGCUGUCAGUCAUUGAGCGUGAGGGAGAGGUGAUUGCUGUGAUCAUGCUCAGUGGAGUGCAGUAUUACACCGGUCAGUUCUUCAACAUGCAAGCCAUCACGAGAGCAGGACAUGGCAAGGGAUGUUUUGUAGGUUUUGAUUGUGCACAUGCUGUGGGAAACGUAGAACUGCAACUUCACGACUGGAAUGUGGAUUUUGCGUGUUGGUGCUCUUAUAAAUAUGUGAAUUCAGGAGCUGGUGGUUUAGCAGGUGCAUUUAUACAUGAAAAACACAUUUACACCAUCAAACCAGCGCUGUUGGGCUGGUGGGGUCACGAUCUGAAAACCAGAUUUCGCAUGAACAACGAAAUGGAGCUUCAGUCGGGUGUAAACGGAUUCCGCCUGUCAAACCAGCCCAUCUUACUGGUGUGCCCCCUACAGGCCAGUCUAGAGAUUUUUAACAAGACGAGCAUGAAGGACUUGAGGAGGAAGUCAGUGUUGUUGACGGGGUAUCUGGAGUUUCUCAUCAAACAUUACUACAGUAAAGACGAGUCCCAACCUGACAAACCCUUCAUUGACAUCAUCACGCCCUCUGACCCCGAGCAGAGGGGCUGUCAGCUCUCGCUGUCUUUCUCUCUUCCAAUCAGAGCUGUGUUUAAAGAGCUCGAGAGGAGAGGAAUUGCUUGUGACCUGAGAGAACCGAAUGUCCUGCGGAUCGCUCCAGUGCCUCUCUACAACACCUUCACUGACGUGCACCGCUUCAUCACUGUACUGGGAUCAGCUCUGAGCACCACUGAUAAACUCCACUGCAGCUGACUCACAUGUUUUCAUUGGCUGUUGUUGCUGCUCAUCUAGUCACAAAAGGCGUGUCAGUGUCUAUCUAUUCCUGACCAUUAUAGAUCACUUUUAUGUGCUGCAGUGUUUAAAAAUGACAAUAAAUAUUUUCCACAAGUUCAGCUUGUGUUCUGAGGGAUUCAAAGGAGAAAUGAAGCACUUAUGUUGUGCUAAUAAUCAGAAUUUCACACACAUUAAUAUUAUAUUGCAAAAUAAGGCCUGAAACUCAUUUAUAGGAGCUGCGUAACCUUAAGAAAAUAUUGACCAUCAACCUCAGGAGGUUUAGACUACGUAUCAGCUGUUUUAUUUUAAAUUUGUUUUGCCACCCUUUUACCAUAAUUUGGGACAAAAAACAUAGAACAGGAUUUAUGUGAUUUUGUUAUUUUUUAAUGAAAAAUAUUAAAUAAAUCUUGAUCUUAAGUACUGUAGACAAAUUUCUACAAUAAUAAAAUAAAACAAAUUGUUUCAAAAUAUUCAAAAAAACAAUUUCACAAAUGAUUCUGGCAGCAGGGUCGAAUGCAGUCGGUGCUACAAUAUGUAUGAAAGUGGAAUGAGAUUAUUUACUUGUCCUUCCACCAUGCUUAUAACACAACUAUUUAUGCUUGGUGUGUAAAUAAUUUCUAAAAAAUAUUAAAUUUUAUUGUUGGAAUUGGUCGUCAAAAAGAUUAUGAUAAAAAAAAUAAAUAAAAUAAUAGCCACAGAACUUAACUGUAUCAACCAAAGGUUUGUUGUUUCACGAGUGUACUUUGCACUGGUGUGAGUUAAUCAUUACUGUAGUAAAAACUCAUGAGACAAUUUGUUUAUUGACCUAUAGAGAGUUUUGAAGAAACACCAUUAAAAAAACUGGAGAGUCUCUUAAGCUGAUUUUGACACUUUAGUUGAUUUUUAUUCUCUUUUCACACUCUAAAUGAAAAGAUGAACUGAUUAUUUUUUUUGUUAUUUCAUGUUGAUUGAUGCUGAAGAAGGAAAAAAGGAAGAAAAAUGGAGAAAAAGAAAGAGUAAAUUUAUAAUAAAUGGAGAGAAUGCAAGAAAGAAAAAAUAAAGUAUACAAAUAAAUAUAGUGAAAGAAAGAAAAAAAUAAAUGGAAAGCAAAUAAAUAAAUAAACAAAUUAAAUAGAGAAAGAAAGAAAGACAAAAUAAAUGAAGAUAAAGAAUAAAAAUAAAUAAAUGAAAGAAAGAAAGAAAGAAAGAAAGAAAGAAAGAAAAAUAAAAACAAAUAAGUAAAUGGAGAGAAAGAAAGAUACAAUAAAUAAAUGGAAAUCAAAGAAAGAAAGAAAGAAAGAAUUAAAUUAAAUAAAUGGAAAGAAAAAAAUGGAGAGAAAGAAUUAAAAUAAAUAAAUGGAAAGAAAGA